UUCUAUAUAAGCACCAAUCCUCCUUGCUCUCUUCCACUGAUAACUUCCACAUUAGCUUCAUCUAUCCAACAUAUAUCCUUCUUUCACUACCAAAACCGAUUCAGGGAGAGAGAGAGAAGGGGGAGAGAGAGUGACUAGAAAGAGAGAGAAAGAGAAAGAAGUUGCACAUUUGCAUGGAGAUUGCUUUCGUUUUAGUAUACAUAUGCCUCUUUCUCUCUAGUCUACUCUCUUAUCCCUUCAUCAAGAAGAAAACAGGGGUAUCUAAACCAAGAGCUAAGCUCCCUCCAGGUUCAAUGGGUUGGCCUUAUGUAGGUGAAACUCUACAAUUGUACUCUCACGACCCAAAUGUCUUCUUUGCAGCAAAGCAAAUAAGAUAUGGAGAAAUAUUCAAAACACAUAUACUUGGGUGCCCUUGUGUCAUGCUAGCUAGUCCUGAGGCUGCAAGGUUUGUGCUGGUUACCCACGAUCACUUGUUCAAGCCUACUUACCCCAAAAGCAAAGAAAGGCUAAUUGGACCUUCAGCUCUCUUUUUUCACCAAGGGGAGUACCAUUAUCACCUUAGGAAGCUAGUUCAAGGUUCAUUAUCUCCAGACACAAUCCGCAAACUAAUCCCAGAUAUCGAAUCAAUGACCAUUUCUGCCUUGGAAUCAUUGGCUGAUAGCCGUAUCAUCAACACCUUCCAAGAGAUGAAGAAGAUUUCUUUCCAAGUAGGUAUCCUCUCUGUCUUUGGUCUAUUAGACAGCAACUACAGAGAAAAGCUAAAUGAGAACUACCACAUAAUGGAUAAGGGUUACAAUUCUUUUCCAACAAACAUUCCUGGAACUGCCUAUCAUAAAGCUCUCUUGGCAAGGAAAAGACUUGAUCAAAUCCUGGGUGAGAUCAUCUGUGAAAGGAAGGAAAAAAGACUGCUAGAGAAGGAUCUCUUGGGUCGUUUUCUCAACUUCAAAGAUGAAAAUGGGCAAACUUUAAGUGAAGAUCAGAUUUCUGAUAACAUUAUAGGAGUACUUUUUGCAGCUCAAGAUACUACAGCCACUGCUCUAACAUGGAUUCUCAAAUACCUUCAUGAUCACCACAAACUCUUAGAAGCUGUUAAGGCUGAGCAAAUGGCAAUAUAUGAAGCAAAUAAUGGAGGAAAGAAUUCCUUGACAUGGGCACAAACAAGGAAUAUGCCACUUACAUAUAGGGUUGUAUUAGAGAGUUUAAGAAUGGCGAGCAUUAUAUCUUUCGCCUACAGGGAAGCAAUAAUUGAUGUUGAAUAUAAGGGAUAUUUAAUACCAAAAGGGUGGAAGGUGAUGCCACUGUUCAGGAACAUUCAUCACAAUCCAGAAAUUUUUACUGAUCCUCAUAUUUUUGACCCAUCAAGGUUUGAGGUUUCUCCAAAACCCAAUACCUUCAUUCCAUUUGGCAAUGGAGUCCAUGCUUGUCCUGGAAAUGAACUUGCCAAGCUUGAGAUGCUGAUCUUGAUACACCAUCUAGUAACCAAAUUCAGGUGGGAAGUGGUGGGAACAGUGGAGGGAGUUCAGUAUGGUCCAUUUCCAGUCCCCCAACAAGGACUCCCAGCCAGAUUUUGGCAAGAAUCAACUACUCUUAAACAAGAUUACCUGCCCUUGUUGCAUUAGUGUCAUCCCUUAAUAAUUAUACUUUCUUAUUGAAAAUUUUUAUUAUUACCAUUUCCCUACACCUCUAAUCCUACCCCAUUGUUUUAUUCAUGGGGUCCCAUCCCUAAAAUUUUCACCUUAUUGUUACAUUUACUAGUAACUGUAAGUGCAAUGUUAAUCCUCUUGAGGAUGCAUAUGCAAUGAAAAUGUAUUACUAGCUUUUACCUUUAUAAGAAAUUGUUCUCUAGUGUACUCCCUCCUUAAGACUUUGUUUAGAAAAAUUCGUUUAAUA